UGAAGAAUUAGAAAUGGCUCAUUGGUACGUGCUUAGCAAUUGCGAAGAUGUUCAACCGUACAUGGAGGAGCAUUUGAAUUCCAUUGAAGCUCAUGAUCUGGUGAGAAAGCAUGAUGUAUAUAAAAAGCAAUUUCCAAAGUGGUUUCGAAAACAGAUGGAAAAUACAUUAUGCUCAAAUAAAGACGAAAGAACAUUGGCUUUGGAUUCACUAUCUCGUGGCCCCUUACCUUGUGUUAACAAAUAUACUGGUUGUAUCAUCAAUGGUGUUAGAUACCAUACUAAGGAUCGAGAAGGCCGCCUUAAAAGCCAAAAUAGUGGUGUUGUUGUGGAAGGAAAUCAUUGUGAUGAAGUUAUCGACUUUUAUGGAGUUUUGUUGGAGAUCAUCAAGCUAUACUACUUAAGGGAU